AUGACCCUUGAAGAAGUGUUGAAGUUUACUUAUUGGUGGUGCCGUGAUGUGAGACAAGAGGAAAUACGACAUGAGUUGAAUAUUGCCACUCAUACAGCAGUUGACUGGGAUAGCUUUUGUCGAGAAACGUGCGAAGUUACACUUAUGGAACGCGAACAUCCAAUUGGCGGUCCUGGCAAGAUUGUGCAGAUUGAUGAAAGCAAAUUUGGAAAGAGAAAGUAUCAUCGUGGACAUCGUGUGGAAGGUCAGUGGGUCUUUGGGGGGAAUCGAGGAGGAGUCAAGAAGAAGUUUUAUGGUAGCCGUGGAAAAAAGAGACGA